GAGUGUGUGGUAUGUUUCAGGCCUCUGUGGUCUUUGAGGAUGUGGCUGUGAACUUCACCCCAGACGAGUGGGCUUUGCUGGAUCGAGGUCAGAGGAAGCUCUACAGAGAUGUGAUGCUGGAGACGUGCAGGAACCUGUCUGCUGUGGGAGGAAACCAGAUAUUUUGUAGCAGAGGAGAUCACCUGCAAACCCAGGAAAGACGUUCGAGAAGUCCUUUGGUGGAAGGUGUCUGGGAACGUCUUGAAGGAGAUCAAUGUGGAGGAUCCCUGAACCCGGUUACAAGUCUUACUGUGCGUGAGGGGUGUCCCACUGGAGGUAAAUCCUGUGAAUGUGCUAAGUGUAGAGAAGCCUUCGCAGAUGGUUCCUUCCUUGAGAAGCCAGGAAGAUCCCAGCCAGGACUCAAACCUAGUCCCGGUGAGGAAUGUGGUCCGGCCUGCAGCUCCGUCGCGAGCCUCAGCCCUGACGUGGAUGCAGACCUUGUAGAGAAACCCCGUGAAGGUCAGGACACCAGGAGACGAUCUAAGACAUCAAAGAGACUCAGUGGUAAAAAAUCUCUGGAGUGCAAGAAAUGUGGAAAAGCUUUCACUUGCACAUCUUCCUUUCAGGGUCAUGUGCAAGGUGACUGUGGAAAGAGAGUCCGUGCGUGUGACGUGUGUGGGAAAGCCUUCAGGUGUAACUCAAGCCUGCGGGCACAUAUGGUAACACACACUGGGGAGAAGCCCUGUGAAUGUCAGCACUGUGGGAAAGCCUUCUCUGGUCGCAGAUCCCUUGUAAGACAUAUGAGAAUACACACAGCGGAGAGACCCUUUGAAUGUAAGGAAUGUGGGAAGUCUUUUUGGAACCGUGGACAUUUUAAUCGUCACAUGAGCAUGCACAGUACAGUGAAACCCUGGGAAUGUAAGGAGUGUGGCAGAGCCUUCCGGGAUCAGACAGACCUGCGAAUCCAUAUGCGGACACACACAGGGGAAAGACCCUUUGAAUGUCAGCAGUGUGGGAAGGCCUUCAGAUAUCUUGGAAAUCUGCGAGAACAUAUGCGGACACACACGGGGGAGAGACCCUAUCAAUGUCGGGAGUGUGGGAAAACCUUCAGAUAUAACUCAAGUCUGCAAGCUCAUGUGAGGACACACACCGGGGAGAGACCCUAUAAAUGUCUGCACUGUGGAAAAGCCUUCAUUCGACACCACACCCUUGCACUACAUACUGUGAGAAGACACUCGGGGGACGGACACUUGGAAUGUAAGCAAUGUGGGGAAACUUUCAGGAAGCAUCGACCUUUUCAACGUCACAUGACCACACACAAUGUAGCAAAACCCUAUGAAUGUGAGGAGUGUGGCAAAACUUUCAGAUAUCAAAGAGGCCUGCGAAUACAUGUCCAAACACACACUGGGGAGACCCUAUAAAUGUCAGCGGUGUGAGAAAGCCUUCACCUCUUCUGCAAACCUGUGUGUGCACAUGAGGACACACACUAGAAAGAGACCCCAUGAAUGUCAGCACUGUGGGAAGGCUCUCAAGUGUCCAUCACACCUGGAAAUACAUAUGCGGACACACACUGGGAAGAGACGCCAUGAUUGUAAGGAGUGUGGAGAAACUUUCCAGAAGCGUGAACACUUCAAACAGCACUCGGCCACGCACAGUGCAGUGAAACCCUGUGAAUAAGCAGUACGGCCUCCUGGGGUCACACACACCUGAGGUACAUAGGAGGACACACACUGGGGAAACCUCAUAAGUGUCCACUCUGUGGGAAAGCCUUUGGUUGUCCUUCCCUUCGAGGACACAUGUGAAAGCACAGUGACGUGAAGCCCUAUGAACUUAAACACAUGGAAAAGCCUUCAGGUAUCCAGGAAUCUGUGAGCACAGACACUCUGUGGGAAGGCAUUUAUUUUCCCUCAGAGUCUUACUGAGAACAUGAGCCAACACACUGGAUCCUGAAUAAACAACAUUUUGGGAAAACAUCAGGUAUAGAACUUGAUGUAUUUUGUUCACAAAAAUUUAGGCAGGACAGAUCUUUUCAUUGUAAUGAAUGUGACUUUGUCUUUCAAAGUGCCUCUUCCUUAAUGGAGACUCCAGGUAUAUGAAUUCCUAGUUCAUGUCACCGAUAUGAACAUAUUGUUUUAAGUGGCCUUCUUUCUCUUCUACAUCUGUACAACCUAGAUGUUGUUAUCUCAGACUUCAUGUAAUCACACUGUUAUGUACAGCGUGUCUCCUUUCCAUUAGUAUCUCAGACCCAGGAGUGAGAAGGGUGUGUGUGUGUGUGUGUGUGUGUGGCAGUGUGUGUACAACUUUAUAUAAUUAUAGAAAAAGAUUUCUUUAAUUUCACAUUGCAAAAUGUCUCUAGUAUAUGAUCACAACAUGUAGACUUCUAUGGUUGAAAGUUCUGUUCUCUGGUGCCAUUACUGGAGUUUCCUGAUUCAAUAGCUACUCUUCUGUUCAAUCUUUAUUAUUAAAGGAUAUAUUUUCAUAUAGUU